GGUCACUGUGCACAGGCUUGUCCGGUGGGUCACUGCAUCAUCCUCCAUCCAUGGAGAAGCUCAUUCCUCCAUCCAUGCUUCUCAUCUGGGUGGCACAGGGACAGGGGGUUGGGGCUUUUUCUGGAAAGGACCGUCCUUUAUAUUCCAGCCUGUUUCUCCAGAACUCCCUGUAGGCUCAGCCCUAUGUGGGCUUACUGCACAGGGCUGUGCCCCAACGUGUACAAACCAUACUCCAUCUGUGAGGGGCAGCUCUACCCUCUCAGUAACCAAGGCUGGAAAUUUCCAAGCUAUCUAGGACUCCUGCCUCAUUCUCACUUCCCCCAGCUCAUCACCAAAAACUCUGGAGUCCAUCCCCUCCUCUCAGUAGCUACCUGCUGGCCGGGUUCGGUCCUCAUUCCCUCUCACGUGGACUCUGCCUCUAGUGUCCUCUCCCAGCAAGUGAUGAAGAAGCGGGGACUGGCUGGGAGAAGACAGAACGGGGCUGCCCUUGUGGCUGGCCUCCACAGUAGUCUUUCUUCUGCUACUUCAAGGUCAGAGAUGAACAGCAGUGCCGGGGACCUGGGUGUUGGUGACUGCAGCUCCUGGGAUGAUCCCACUCGCUUCUUCAUGGUGCUGGCGGCCUAUGCCUUGGCACUGGGCCUGGGGCUGCAACCCACAUGGCUGCCUGGACAGUGUUUGUCCACAGCAGCGGGCGCCUGGGCCAGGCCCUGCGUCUCUACUUGCUCAACCUGGCCCUGGCCAAUGUGCUGUUCACACUCAUGCUGCUGCUGUGGCUCACCUACUACCUGGGCCUGGCCCACUGGCCCUUCCCAGAGGCUGCCUGCCACACGGCCAGGACGGCCUACUACGUGUCCACCUACCUUGCGGUGGCCUUCUUCGUGGCCACCUUCUUGCUGGUGCUUGCGGCCUAUGUGAGCCUGGCGCCAACACUCUAGGCGCCCUUGGGCCUGGGCCCUGCUCCUGCCAAGACCAUGGUCCUGGGGCUCCCGCUGGUCUUUGUCCUCUGUCUGGCACCAUACCACCUGCUGCUGACACCCUGGGUGGCUGGGCGGGGCAGCAACGGAGACUGGUGUCACACCACCUCCACCCUCGACGUCCUGCACACCCUCAGCCUGGUGCUGCUGAGCCUCAACAGCUGCCUGGACCUGUUCAUCUGCUGCUGUUUUGUGCACCGCUUCUGCCAGGACUGCUGGGCACUGAGCUCCUGCCCCAGGAGGGGGGUGCCCAGGGUGCAUGGGGUCUCCUUGGCCUCCACCUAGAGACUCUUCUUCAGCCUCCCUGCCUGUUUCAUCCCCCUGCCACCCUUCCAGUGGCAUCUAGGGUGGAGAAAGCUAUUUGGAAAGACCUAGAUUCUGAUCCUCAUGCAUACUACCACAUACUACCCCUGUAGCUGUGAACCUCCAGGCUCAUCUGGAGGGCAUAGAACAUUCUUUGUAACCCGAAUGUUCCCUGGAAAUUGCCAGCUUUUGGAUACAAAGAAUACACGAUUGUGUUUUUUUAAACCUCUUGAGAUAAAACCCAGAGUCCUUAUCAUGGUCUACAAGGCCCUAUCUGAUUUGGCUCCCCCUUCUCUCUAGACCUUAUCCCACCACCCCUGCUUCCCUGUAGGCAGUCACCUUCUUCUCAGGCCCAGGAACAUGCCAGUCUCCUACCCUUCACGGCCUUUGCACCAGACUUGGCCAGGAAUGAUCUCUGUUCCUCUCUUUCACUAGGUUAGUUCUUCACCCUUGUUUCCUCUAAAAUAACUCCUUAUAGGGAAGUCUUUCUUGGCUGGCAACACACACAGACACACACACACACGCACAGGGCUGAAUCAGAUCAGAUUGCUCUUUUGUAGCUCUUUUCAUAAUUAUAAUGAAGCAAUUAAUUGGGUUAUGUGUUGUUUUCUUUCUCUCAUGCCAGAAUGUAUUCACGUUGAUCCAUAAGAAAUUAUCAUUUUUAUAAGUCCUCAAAAGUUGAAUAUUGGCAAUUUUAUUUCCAUCCAAUUCAACUUAAUAAAUUCCGUGUUUACCUUGUUCA